UCCACGGAGAGGAGGGGCGAAAGAAUCACAACAGAGCCUUUGACCGUUCGCGUUUUGUGCCGCUAAAACCACAGCGCCGUUUUUCUUUUAUUGACGAGAGCAAAUAUGUCACGGAAACUCAAAGAAGACUAUUAUCGGUUCUUCUCCGUUGCCGACCCACGCACACACGAGAAGGGCCACACCGAGUACAAAGUGACGGCGAGGUUUGUGUCCAAGCGUCACCCAGAAGAUGUGAAGGAGGUGGUUGUGUGGAGGAGGUUCUCAGAGCUGAAGAAGCUCCAUGGGGAGUUGGCCUACACACACAGGAACCUUUUCAGAAGAGAGGAGGAGUUUCCACCUUUUCCCCGAGCACAACUUUUUGGAAGGUUUGAUGGGGCUGUGAUAGAGGAAAGGAGAAAAGCAGCAGAGGCCAUGCUUCAGUUUACUACCAGCAUUCCUGCUCUGUAUAACAGCCCACAGCUGAAGGAGUUCUUCAGAGGUGGUGAGGUAACAAGGCCUCUGGAUGCCACACCUCUCUCUUCUGCGGGGCCUCUGCCUCCUCCUCUCAUCCCCCUCCCCAACCGUAGGGCAUCAGACUGUGAGCCUGCUGAGGAAGAGGAGGGCAGGGAGGCUCCCACCUUGCCCCAGGAUCUGGGCAAUAACCUGAGCUUAGAAGUGGGAGAACCAGAAGUGGCAGCUGAAGCCUACAAUGAGAUCGGAGGAUCUCCAACAGAAGAAGAGCAAGAGGAGCUUAGCGACACAGAGCUGGAUGACCGAGUCCCAUCUCCAUUCACGGACCCCGAAUCAAAAGAGACCCAGGAAGAAUUCGACUCACUGUUUGACUCUGUGGCUGAAGGACUCCCAUCCCCAAAGGAAGAAGUUCCUCCUCCACUAUCUGAUAAUGACUUGGCUGUUUUUGAUCCCUGCUAUAAACAAGAUAGAUCCAAUUCUUCCACCGACCACUCAGAGUUAUUCUCACUACCAUCAAACAGUGUGGACGGAGAGGACGGGGGUUACUUAAACCAAGCUGCCAAGGAGCUGACAGCUGCCAUGGAGAGGGAGAAGGAGGGAGAAAUUAGUUCUGCCAUUUGUGGAUACAGGAUGGCAGUGGAUAUUCUGAUCACUGGAGUACAAGGAGACACUGAUCCAGUACGCAGGGAGUCUGUGAUGCGAAGGACGGCGCAGUACCUGAAGCACGCUGAGAUGUUGGUCGAAAGGCACUCCUCACCCUCUCACACUCACACACCUGCACAUGCAGAGGACCACUAGAUGCACGUUCGUGUAUUGACGCACAAUGUACAAUAUAUGAGAGAAGCUGGAACACAAUGGAGCUCAGGGUCGUGGCAUACACGGGCAUGUCACGCAAAGGCAUACUGACGAAAAGUAGAGAUAAACAGUUUCACGGAUACGUGCACAUACGGACAUUUGGACCGUGGCAUUCCCAAAUACAACCGCAUCCACGUGGAAAUGAAACAACAUGGCACAAACAUACAGACCCACACGUCUGAGGUACACACUACAGUACAAACUGGAUCUUUAGUUGCCUUUGUUUUGAAAAACUUGUGACUCACAAAAUCUACAUAUACAGAAACUGAACGUAGCUGUUAACUUAUUGGAUUAAUGCAUCUCUUCUUCUUUUUGUCUUUCCUUUACAUUGUCCUCUUCUUGAGCACAAUAAUGUAUAAGUGUAUCAGUGAUUUACAUUUUUGCACAAUCUUUUGUUAAUAAAUAUGAUUUUAAUUUAA